UUCUGAAACAGAAGACAGAAGUGGACAGAAGAUAUCAGUGUGGUGCACUAGUGGUAUUGUUGGGUAUUGGGAACACGUCUGUUGCCGUCAUGCAUGAAAGAUACUUACGUUAAUAAAUGUAUUAAUAACAAAUAUAUUUUCAAUUAAGAUGACCGACAAAAAUGCUACUGAUGACACGCAAGCGGGUCAGUAUGACGAAUAUGAUGAUCGUCCAAGUACAAAACCAGAGCGAUUUUCCAGCAGUUCUACUGUUGGAGUUCCCCCCAAAUCGACACAGCUUAAGGUGGAAAUGCAGACACUGUAUCUCGAUAGUGAGACUGAGAGUAUAGUAUUGGAGGCACUCAGGAAGCUGCGGGGUCCGAACUUCACGCUGCGUGACCAGUCAUCAUACCGGGACAAAGGGGGAAGGCUGAGUUGCCAGUAUUGGAUGGAUCGAGGCCAACUCAGAGUUCAAGGUGGCGUCGACUACUCCGCCAGACCAAAGCAAAAGCAAGAUGCACAAACUAUCGCCAACAUUUUUGCUCUGGGAAGACUCGAGGGGUAUGGCUUUGAGAAGAACCACUGUGUAGAAGCCCUGGAGAUCAGCAAGGGGGAUGUAGGCUUGGCUCUGGAGCUAUUGCUGUCGCAGUAUUUUCAGAUGCCGAUUACCUUCUCCUCCAACAUUGCCUUGCCGUCCAGUGCAACAGGAAAGAGUGAAUUAAACUGCGAUCCACUAUCGCCGGAGGAUGCGGAGUACAUAGCGACGCAGCGUGCCGAGGAAAAGUCUUCGCUUGAAUCAAUAUACGAGGGGAGCUUCAAGGAACGUGUUGUGAAUCGUGUGUGGGUGUUGGAACUGCAACUCGACUACUUACAUAGGCUCUAUGCCAAGAAAAAGCCACCUUCUGAUGAAGAUGAAGGUGGAGGGGGCUCCAACACAACCCAUGGAGGUGGAAGCAGAAGGACCAAGAAUUCAUCAGCGAAACCUUGCAGCUAUUUUCAAAAAGGCUUCUGCAGAUUUCAAAAUAAGUGCAGAUUUUCCCAUGACGUUGCUGUGCCAGAGAAGCCUUCUCCUGAGAACGAAGAGGAGAAACACCUCUUCCAAUUGGAGGUGCGCUUUCAGGAAGGAUCUCGGUACCCUCUGGAGCCCGCCCUCGUGUGUCUCAGCACGACAUCGACACGCUUUCCAUUGACUGCUUCUCUCCGGCUGAGUGGCAAACUGUGUGAGUUGUCCAAGGAACUUGCGCAGUUCCAGGCUCCCUACAUCUACAGUCUGGCCCAGGUGCUGGUCGAUCAGAGCAGUGAUAUGAUAGAGAUGCUAGCAGGAAGUUACGAAUUCUUCUUAGACCCAUUGCAGCCCUUGUUUCCAAAACAGGAAACAUUUGAUACAGGGAUGAACCCCAGUGAGCAAGGAAUGUCAGUAAAUGAAAAUGGUCUGAUUAAUGGGGAUGGAUAUCAGAAAACAGAUCGUCAGAACAGAGACCUUGCAGCCAGAUUGAGGGAAGAUGAGCGCAUUUCUCGGCGAUUUGUAGAAAAGCAGAAACAGUCGCAGUACGUUAAGUUCCUAGAGGGAAGGAAAUCGCUUCCGGCAUGGAGCAAAAAGGAGGAAAUACUUGCUGCUGUUGCCAAACACCAGGUCGUCGUGAUCAGUGGUGAAACGGGAUGUGGGAAGAGCACACAGGUUCCCCAGUUCCUGUUGGAUGAGUGGUUGACUCUUCGGCACAAAGGAAGUGGUCGCCAUCUUGUCGAAAUUAUCUGCACACAACCGAGGAGAUUGUCUGCCAUUGGUGUUGCCGAGCGAGUUGCUGAUGAGCGUGUAGAAAAGAUUGGUAAUGUCGUCGGGUAUCAGAUACGGCUGGAGAGCAAGACGUCUUCGAGUACGCGUCUCCUUUUCUGUACGACUGGAAUCCUAUUACGCAGACUGGAGAGUGAUCCAAACCUCGACUGUGUCUCCCACAUAAUUGUCGAUGAAGUCCAUGAGCGCAGUGAAGAAAGUGAUUUCCUGCUGCUGAUUCUGCGAGACCUGCUUCCAGUACGGCCUGACCUGAGGGUCAUCUUGAUGAGUGCCACCAUGAAUGCUGAGCUGUUUUCUCAGUAUUUUGACAAAGUUCCUACAGUAGAAAUACCAGGUCGCACAUUCCCUGUUGAGGAGUUCUUCCUGGAGGAUGUGAUAGAGGUCACGAAAUAUGCUCUAGAGGAAGAUUCCCAGUACGCACGCAAAACUGGCAAAAAGCGUGCUGCAAUGGAUAUCGAAGAACUCGGUCUGCAACUGGCAGUAGCAGAUAUUGCGACAUCUGCUGUAGUCAUAGCAAAUCCAGCAACCCGCGAUGACCACCUGACAGUGCAACAGUUAUAUCACCGCUACAAUGAUUACAGUACGACGACAUGCAAAUCAUUGUAUCUGUUGGAUUAUGAAAAAAUCAACUAUGAACUUAUUGAGGCAGUGUUGGUGUGGAUUGCGGAAGGUGAUCACAAAUACCCACGGAAAGGAUCAAUCCUGGUCUUCUUGCCUGGUAUGGCUGAGAUAAUGACGCUGUAUGAUCAGCUGACUGAACACCCUGUUCUGGGCUCAAGGGCAGGCAAGUUUCUGCUUGUUCCUCUCCAUUCAUCCCUCUCAAGUGACGAGCAGGCACUUGUGUUCAGGAAACCAAAGAAUGGAAUGCGGAAGAUAGUCUUGUCUACAAAUAUAGCGGAAACAUCUGUCACCAUUGAUGACUGUGUAUUUGUAAUAGACACUGGAAAAAUGAAGGAAAACAGAUUUGAUUCCAACAAGAAUAUGGGGAGUCUGGAUACGGUGUGGGUGUCGAGGGCUAAUGCGAGGCAGCGCAAGGGUCGUGCGGGUCGAGUGAUGCCCGGGGUGUGCUGCUACCUGUACACGCACCACCGCUUUCAGUACCACUUCGACUCGCAGCCGGUACCCGAGCUCCACCGCGUUCCCCUCGAGCAGUUGCUGCUGCGGAUACUCACGAUGCCCGUGUUUGCGGGCACCGACGUGCACAAAGUCUUAGAACGUACGUUGGAACCACCUCCAGUUGAGAGUAUAGAUUCGGCAUUAAAGAGGCUGCGCGAUAUAGGGGCGCUGGAUGAAGAGAACGAGCUCACUCCCCUGGGGAAGCAUCUCGCUGCACUUCCAGUCGACGUGAGGAUAGGAAAACUUAUGUUGUAUGGAGCCAUAUUUUGCUGCCUAGAUUCAGCACUAACAAUGGCAGCAUGUCUCAGUCACAAGUCACCCUUCGUGGCUCCAUUUUCACUGAAAGAAGCAGCUGAUGCAAAGAAGCGGGAGUUUGCUACUGCUUAUAGUGACCAGCUCACUGCUCUUAGGGCAUACAAGGAAUGGCUGAAGCACUGCAAUACGAGUAGAAGAGCUGGGCAAGUGUUUGCGCAGGAGAACUUCCUGUCAUACAAGACGCUGCUGACUCUGGCGGACAUGAAGAAGCAGUUCUUGGAGCUACUGGCUAGCAUUGGCUUUGUUCCCGGUGACGUGCGUGGUGUCAAGAGAGGCUCCGAGAUUGACAAGAUCAUUCUUGUAACCGGACCACAGUUAAACGUGAACUGUGAAAACUGGCGGUUACUGGCAGCCAUUUUAUGUGCAGCACUCUACCCCAAUAUUGUGAAGGUCCUCACUCCGGAGAAGGUAUAUAUUCCGAGUGUCAUGGGAGCCAUUCCCAUGGAUAACAGUGCCAACGCACUGAAGUUCAAGACACGCAGUGAUGGAUAUGUGUUCUUGCACCCUUCCUCUGUGAACUACACAGUCAGCCGAUACCCUAGCCCAUACUUGGUGUACCAGGAAAAGGUACGGACGAGUAGAAUAUAUGUCCGCGAUUGUACAAUGGUGCCAGUUAUGCCACUGGUACUGUUCUCUGGGUGUGCAUUGCAUGUCGAGCUGCAGCAGGGGAACUUCAUCUUGUCUCUGGAUGAUGGCUGGAUCAAGUUUCUCGUUGACAGACACCAGGUGGGCCAGUUGCUGACCGCAAUGAGAGAUGAACUUGUGAAGCUGCUGGUGGAUAAGAUAAAGGACCCACAGUUGGACCUAGUGACUCACGAACGAGGAAAAGUCAUCAUCUCCACAAUUGUCCGUCUUAUCUCGAAAGACUGAUGUUGCGAGAAGUCCUAUGAAGGAAUUACCUAAUUUUUAGAAACUACUGUAUAUUUUUUUCAGUCUUUCUUUCUUUCUUUCUUCCCUCCCCCCCCCCCCUUCCCCCCUCCUUUCUGUCUACUGUGAUAAGAACAGACUGACACUACUGACAUUAGUAAUAUGCCAUUGGAUGGUAAUAAUCCCUUGUACAUAGAUGCCUAUUCUGAUCCUUGGAUUCUGCUUCUGUGACAUAACUGUGCAACAAGGCUGGAAAUUCUCAACAAUCUCCUGCCAUGUUUGCCACCCAUUAGUAAUCUCUUUUUCUCUGAUAUAAUAUGUGUUGCAUUGCUUAAAACAUAACUGAUAUUGGCUUCUGAUAUCAGUAUUACAUUGGAAAACAAAAAAUGGACGACAUGUCAUCAUAUGACAUUACACAGAUUGUAAAUAGACAUAGGGGGAAAAAAAAACUUUACAAUCAACAAAACUGAGACAUGUUUCAGACAGCCCAGAGUAUCAGUUGGAAAAGCAUAGUAGACACUGUAAAAUUAGUUGUAUGUAAAAUGUGUAACUAGUACUGAAAUGUUAGUAUAUAUUUUUGCACUGUUUACAUUGUAAUACAAUAAUAUUAUUGUUGAGGUGCCUUAAAUGUACAGUUUAUGAUGAAUGUUACGGGUACAUUUUGCAGAGCCAAUUAUGAGCAUUAAUUAAAUGUUUUGAAUGGCCAUUUUGAGGCAUAUUGCAAAAUAAUCUUGUAUGUUGAAUUAUUUAUUACAUUUUUGUACCUGUCUGUUUUUGAAGCUAAAAAAUGCCUUUUAUGUAAAAAAAAAUCGCUGUGAAGUUUUAAAUUUGUUGUUUGUUGUUUUUGAAGGGAAUUUAUUUAUUUAUGAAAUAUAGACAAAUAACUGAAAAAAUGAAAGCUUUAAACAGGAAUAAAAGUAAAAAUCAAUAACAUAA